GCUAUUUUCCAUGAAAAAUGAAUUUAGAAUAAAAAUUGGAAAAAAAACUCCCAUCAACGUUGAUCAGUUUCAAAAGAAGAUAGUUCCAAAUGAAAUAUCUCCAUCUGAAGUUGAUCCAUAGAAAACAAACGAAACGGAAUCAUGUUAAAUCUCAAAGUAUCGACACGCAUAAAUGCUUGGCAUUUUUCGUGAAUUAAUCUCGUAAGUUCAUGGUUGCUGGGUAUGUGUCUCUGUUGUACAGUAUCGGCGACAAGCCCCUAGAGUACUGGAGUAAACAGCAAUCCCAGUCGGGUCGUAUACGUAAAAUCUUGGACUCGGAUCUGUUGGAAAAUGUUAUCGAGAUACAGGACUUUGAGCAACCGAACAGUUAUGGCACCUCCAUCUUGUGUCCCCCUGAAUCCUCUCAGUUUCUUAAUAUCGAGUUACCGAUUCUAGUCGUGGUUAUAAAGAAUGUAAAUUUGCCCUGUCGACUGCAGUUGCAGGUAGUAGACACCCAAAACUGCUUGCACCAUUUUCAAUUCACCAACGCUGAGGCGGAGAGGCAGAGCUCUAGGGGUGUGAUCUGUCGCGCGAAAAUCAAAUUGGAAAGUGGAUGGAACAAACUGGAACUGAACCUGUCGAAUUUGACUCAGACCGCUUUCAAAAGAGACUACGCCAUCACACAGAGAAUUCAAAUCAGUGGAAAUUGUCGUCUGCGAAGGGUUUACUUCAUAGACAAACACUACGACCAACAAGAGAUUUGUCCUAAAUUGUACCACAGGUUUCUCGAUUCUUACAUGUUAAAAUGGGGCAUUCAUACCGUAGAUAGGUCGUCGCAGACUAACAAUAAGAGAAACAAAAGUAAAAUGAAGGGAAGUAACAAUUUGAAGAAACACAGCGGCGAAAAUCUGAGCGACGAUGAAACGGGUUAUAAUUCCGUGAGAAAUUCCGCUGGACGCAGGACAAUCGAUGAGAAUUUCUUGAGAAACUUGCAGCUUAAAACUGAUAUAUUGAUCAAUAAUUUCUUCGAUAGACAACCCUCGAAAGUACCCCGCGCUGUGGAACUUAAACAAAACGCAAAGCUGAAGCCUUACGCUUUUCCAUUAGCGACCUCUAUGUGGAGGUCUUCCAAUCCUGCAGCUGUUUCCGAGGACACUUUCAACAAAAUCAAUGUCCUUCGAACGUUCACCGAUGCUUAUGCGUCCAAUAAAGAAGAGAAUGCUGUAAAAGCCAUACAGGAUAAUUGGAGGAACAGGUACCUUCUCCCUCAGGACAGAUCAUCGAAGAGUAGCGACGCGGCGAAGCAAAACUUAAAGAGAACGAUGUUGGAAUAUAAACCCAAGUCUUUACAAUUACUGCCCGAGGCGAUAUCAGGAAUUGGAAAAACAAACAUCUCAGGAUAUCCUAAGAAAAACGGCGAAACGAUCAAACGUAAUGAGAAUGAUACUGUGAAUAAUUAAAUAUCUCAAUAAUU